UGACAACUGCACAAGAAGCAAAGUGAAUUUAUCUGAAUACAGGUUAUCCAUGAACAAGCUUCCUCACCACUAGGAACAUUGAUUUGUGAAACAUGCGUGAACACUUCCACAUAAGGCUUCAAGACAGAAGGAGGAACAAUCAAGAAUCAAGCCAUCUGGUGGGAAGAAGAGAUAUGCUCAAAAGAGACAUCCACAGAAUCUACUGAAGUAUGAGGAAACUUCCUUAGACUUGAACAGUACGGCACAAUGUAAUGGGCACAGUGAGACAAUUUGUAAUGGCCACAUGGAAGUUCAGCUCAAUGGUUUCAGUGAGCCAUACAGCAAUGGCUGGGCUGAAGAGGAUGGGAGUCAAUCAUCCAGUGAUGAGCUCAGGGUUUAUAAUGUAAAUGGCAUAACAAAUCCUGAAAACCCUUGUGACCAUAAAGGGAACAGGUGGAAUAACACCUUAACUGUUGCAUGUGAUGGUGCCCCAUUACACGGUCAGUUACCUACGACCAGUGGCACUGAAAAUGAUCAAAGUCUCACAGGAAACGAGAGCACGUCCUUGUCAUUGCCUCCUCUGGUUUCUGUUCCUGACAGCAAUGGAGAUUUGCAUAAUAGAAAAUUUGACACAGCAGAUGGUGAGGUCCAUACAAGCGGUGUCAGUGAGUUUGAAAACCAUGAGAAUAAAGCCAUUAAAAAUGAGUCUCAAAAAGGCAUUGAGUCUGACAGCAAAAAGGAAAUUGGAAUUUGUGUGGUCUCUGAUGGCAAAGGCAAUUAUGCCAACGGCUUCUCGUCAGAUUACAGAAUUGAAAAUAACAGCAGGAGCAAUAAUGCAGGGGAUAUGCCAAUGUUUUCUCAAGUAGAAAAUGAGCCUAAUGAAAGCAGUAUUGACCAAAGCUCCAGGAAAACUCUCUAUCAGAUUACGUUGUCUGAAGACGGGAAGCCUGCGGCAACAGCAGCAACAGAAUGGGAGAGGGAACAUAUUGAUGAAUGUGGUACCAAAACCCAGGGCCAAUAUAGAUAUUCAGACCAGCACAGUGAGGCCAGCUGCUUCAGAAACCAUGGGGAUAUCACAUAUUCUGGAGAUGAUGAAGUGCCAAAGCAAGAUAUUCAAUCAAAUGACCCACCUGGCAGUUAUUAUAUGCAGGUAGAAAACUGGUGCCAAAUAUUAGAGGAAGACCACAGCCAAUUCAAUGGAGUUGUUGGAGUAGAUGAAGGGACUGUACAUUGCACAUCGAACAAUUUUACUUCAGGUGAAAUUGAUUUCAACGUAGAGAAUACCAGACAUUUUGAUCAACUACAGACUAUUGCACUAGACUAUAUAGCAGGCUCCUACCAUGAUGAUGAUGACAACAGUGAUGUCGAUAGGGGGGAAGUGGAAAAUCAAAGCACUGAAGCAAAUAUAGGAGCGGAUGAUCAUCUUGAAGAGGAUAAUGACAGUGUGAGUGAUAGCAUAUCUCAAAGUACAGACUGUCAGUCUACGUGUAGUACUCAGUCAGAAUGGAUGGUCACCAGGUCGUGGCAGUUUCUCCAUAGUUAUCGGAACACAGUCAGCCAAGCAGAUCAUGUAAUUGAUACCAUAACCACUGACUUGCAUUCAAAAUUUGCUUGUAUAUCAAUUCCUCAUGCUUGGGCAGAUAACGGGCAAUGUUUAAAUGAUCACUCAAAGCAGCUGCCAUCUACUGAAGCUGAACAUUCGGCCCCAGUUUCGGAUAGAGUUUCUGUAGCAAAGUUUUCAGAGGCAAGUUCUAGUGACAAAAGCUCUGAUCAGACUGUCCCAUCUGACUGUAAAUCCCAAGAUGGAUUAAGUGAUGAUUUGGAAUUUUUUUACGAUGAUGAAUUUGCCACAGGAUUCAACACCAAUUUGGCUGACAUUGAUAUGGGGAUGCUCAACUCUGAUGAGCUUCAUCUUUGCUCUUCACUGUCAGAUGUAUUGUCACGUAGCCAAGUUCGACCGUUAGGUCAAGCCAGCAAGAUGAAGGUGAAGGCAGAAAGAUGCCAUUACGAUAGUGAUUAUGACCUAUCCAGGACCAGCACAGCUUGCAGCUCUUUACUGUCCGUUGGGAGUAGCAAUGUCGCUGCUGGCCUGGACUCAACAUCAAGUUCUGAAAAUCCAAAAAUGUUGUUCAUCUCUGGAGAAUUUGACUACUCCUCUCCGUACCUGUGUGAAGAAUUACUCCAAACAGUAGAUCGGAUGAGCGAGCAUGGCCACCAGGAGCAGCAGCCCUCUGAAAUGCACUGCAAUGAGUACGAUGAGUAUGACAUCUCUAACCUUCCUUAUGAACACAUGUUUUUACUACCUCACGAGGCCACGGCUGCCUCAGACACAUUCUCCAUAUCAGACUUUGAGAAGGAGCAUUUCUUUUCUUGCAAGGAUCUUAUGCAGUCGGAUGAAAUGUUGGAUUUCCCCCCUCACCCACCUAAAGAGAGUGCUAACAUGCAUGGAGGAGAAGAAUCCCCAUAUGAUGAUGAAGCACACCUAGAGUACCCUUCCUAUGUUUCUAGUUCUGGUGAGUUUUCAGAUUUAGGCUACUCGCCCUUGUUUUCCCCUUCCAAAGAGUCUACUGGAAUAGCACAUGUGUCUUCCGGAAGUGCAACCACGGGUAGUAAUGCUAGUAGCCUGAGAGAUGUGAUAAACUGUGAUCCCUAUAGCACUAGGCAAAACUAUAUGCUAACAUUUGCUGAUGGAGGGUCAUGUAGUCCCACUAAACAACUCCAUGACAGCUACCAAGACGCUGACACCAGUGAUGCCAGUCAACACCUGACAACAUGGGCGGAAAGGGCCAAGGUCUUUGAUGAAAAAGGGGUGGAGACUGUAAAGCACUUCAAUUCGCCUAUCUCUGACAAGACCUCCCCAGGAAGCGGCAACAGCAAUCAUACCUGUACUUUCAGAGGUGCCAACUCCACGCCAUCUAGUGGCAAUUCCCAAAGCACCACCAAACCAGGAUUCACAACCUGGGCACAGCAGAGGUUGGCCAAAGAGUCAGGGUACCUGCGAGCAGGAUUAACGUCAUGGAAACAUCUGCAGGAGAUUCAACACGCCAAGAAAAUGAGACAGAUCAGUGACUGGAGCAAGAGUAGGAGCAUGCCAGAUUUGGCAAAGCACACUUAUCCAACUGCUCCAAAGUCAUCUAUGGUUGCAAAAAAGGGUGAAGAAAAUUCUGGCUUAAAAGAGGAAGGACAGGAAGUUAAAAGGAGACAAGCUGAACACGACAAAGAUGAAAGAAAAAGGUUCUCAGGAACCCUCAUUGAAAUAUUUCAGAGGAUGAGGUCAAACUCUGAAAGUUAUAAUUUCAGUGAAGAUUUUCAUGGCUCUCAUUUGUGCUCAUCAUACGACUUUCAUCAUUUUAACGAGAUACCACCAGUUCCACAACUAUGCUACCUUCCUAAAGGCAAAGGGGAUGAAUUACAAGGCCCUGGUGAUAUGCCAGCCAUGCUCAAAUCCCUUAGAGUUACUUCAAUGCAGACCAGCCCAGUUCAUGACUGUUGGUGCAAAAUUCACCAGAUGGCCCAAGUGCAGAUGUCACCUGCCAAGAGAAGCUUUGGAAUGCAAUUCCCACCAAAUGUCAUGGAUACUUCUGUCCAGACCUCUGCCCACUUGAUGGUUUCUCUUCACACUGACCACAUAGAUCAUUCACAGCAAACUUCAAUAGAAAAUAAGGAAAGCAAAGGCGUAUUUCUUAUUGACACAACAGUGCAAACAAGUGCUGAAUUGGAACAGAAUCGUAAACUUGACAGGAGCUUAUUCUUUGCCAACAGAUCAUUGCCAGAUGUUAGUUUUCUCAGUAAGUCGUCUGCCAGUAGUAUAUCUGCCAUGUUCAGAUUCUCAUUCAGCUCUGAACAGAAAACUUUUUAUUGUGCACCAAAGGUAACUGUUGAUGAAAAGACUGGGAAAGUAUAUGCACUCAUUCCAAGGAAAAGUGCUGCUGGGAGAAUGUUUGAUAUGAAAACAAAGGGCUCUGCUUCUUGCAUAUUAACCCAGAACUUGCCUGCCAGUAAAACUGAGCUGUCAGCCAAGGUCACUUCAGGUACAUCUGAAAACACUGAAGCCAAUAGUAAAAGUAAGUCGGUUUCCCCCCUUGCUCUUCCAUCUGUGGCUGAGAAAAGCACAAAAAAGAACCAAGUUUUACAAAUCAGUCCACACAUAUUGGAGGGAGAAGUUCCAAGUCUUAGUUCUAGCUCUUCCUCAGGUGUAGAAUCUGGCUCAGACUAUUCCCAGAGAAGUCCAAGAAUAUUUCCGGAAGAUAUCCUGCCAGAAAAUAGAAAAUUGGGGACUCAGACUUUUUCCAAAUCUGAGGAACAACUUUCAAAAGUUUCAGCUGCAGGCAGAGGCCGUAUAGCACCUAAAAAACCUCUAAGGUCAUGUUUAAGAAAGAAAGCUUUGUUAGAGAAGAGAAAACGAUCCUUAUCUGACCCUUACGGUUACUCCACCAUACCAUAUACUAAUUUGUCAGAGGGCCCCAGAGUUUGUAGAGGAACAGAUUGUAAGUGCAAUGUAUGCCUCCAGGGAACUGAAGGCUUGAACUUCACUUAUACUUACAAAAAGAGUACUUCUUUUGAUGUGAGGUCAACUCCAGGGUCAUUGAUUGAUUCAGGGCAAGUGGCAAGCAAUUUCUCUGGAGACAGCGAAGAAGGUGCAAUGGGUGCCGAAAGUCUGAAUACGUUGCAACUCUCAGCUGCAGCAAAGUGUGUGUGCAUUCCGCAGUCAAAUGAUACAACUUUACCCAAGUCACAUUCUGACUGUACAGCUAUCAGGCCAAAAUCCCAGUGUCCAGUUUGUAGUAAUCUUGUUGAGGAUGGACAAGAAAUGACCUCCAAGGUGAAGAAGACAGUCAGUUUUGCUAAUGAGGUGGACUUUCAUUCACCAUCACCAUCUCCAUCACCAGCACCUACUCCAUUUGAGAGCCCUCUCCAUUCACCUAAAAGGCAGAACAGAUUGAAGCUGGCAAUUGAGCAUCCCUUGGCCAAAGAUGUUCUACCUCCUCCUCCUCAAGUGACAAAAAUAGAGGAUGCCAAACCUCCUCAGGAGCAGAGAUCCGUUUCCCCAGCUAGUGAUUCCGACUCUGACUCCCCACCCCCCUGUGACUUUCUUCCAUCUCCAACUUUCGAAUCGCCAUCGAGUUCAGUUCAUAGCACUGAACCAGUUUCUGAGGGAGAGAAAGAGGGUCAUUUUUGCAGUGAUUCAGACAGCGAUGCUGGACCCCCGGGGGAAUUCAGGAUUUCUCCAUGUGCUGAGAGCCCACCUGCUCUUCCUUUAGUCAGCAGCAAGAGAAGUCUUGUAAUGGAGGUAAUUAAGGCGAGGGAUGUGAUCCUGCAGCACUUCUCGAGGGCCAAGGAUCCCGUGCAGAAGCUCCAACUCUUGAGCACUGAGGAUACCCCGGCGGUGGGCCACCUGGUCCAGGAUCACCUCUGUAGGGCCAUUCAGCACAUCCUCAGUGAUGGCCUCAAACCUGAACUCCUCAGUCUGUUUGGAAAGGUGAAAAACAGUGAGUGGAGGGUGGUGGAGGCUUCUACUGAACUGGGUCCUUCAACUAAAGCUUUGCAUGAGCUUGUUCAGAGACUUGAGACUUUGACAUAUUUGUCAACAACACAGACGAAGUUGGAUGCUUUUAUCUUUGGCCUACUCAAUCUCAGGGCUCUAGGCUACUGGCUGAAACAUCUACAGGGCCAGGAGAAAGGGAUUGUCAAGCACUACUUAAAGGAUGCCUUUCUGUUUCUCAGUCUUUCCUCCGAGCAGCAAAAUUUUCAAGAUGUGAUCACUGCUGUCAAGCCACUCAGUUCUUUGCCUUUUCACUUGGAAUACACUGCUGUUUAUGCAGAAAAGCAUGAUGAUCUUCCAGAGAUUAAAACUCCUAAGGAAGUGAUAAUGCCCAGUGGCUCGCCUAAAAGAGCAACAGGGACGUCAAGUCCGAAAAAGAACAGACCACACAGUUAUCCAGAUAAUCCGCUUGACAGAAGGCGUCGAGUGCAUCAGGAAUUUAGAAGGUCUCUUUCCACUAGCACGGAAUCACAGGAGAGUCAGAGCGAAUAUUCCAGUUUACCACAGGGUUUAGAUAGUUCUUAUGCAAGCAGUGUAGAGCGACAGAGGCCAGGGUGGUUUAGAACCCUUAUGACUAAUUCAUUUGGUGGGUUCCUUGGCAGUAAAAAAGCUAACAAAGACAAAGGAAUGACACGGCACAACUCUGAUAAUUUUCCACGUGUUUCAAAUAGUCCAAAAAGAAACUUGGCAGAGGGCAAAAGAGAGCUCACAGAGAAUUCACAAAAGGUGUCACUUGAAGGUAGUCUUCGAGUGGGAUCAGAGCAAUCUUCAGGUUUGCGGGACAGAAAUGAUAAGUCCGAUAUAGAGACCCCAGGACAUAAUGAAGCUCAGACAGGAUCCAUUAGUCAUCAAGCAUCAGGGGCGCCGAGGAAUUAUGAUUCUCUCUCAUCGGAAAAAUCAAUAGCUUCCUCUCCCAAGAGAGAUAAUGUGUCCAAUAAAAUGGAAAAUAGAAAUAGCCUGAGAAAUAAAGCAAAGCAAGUUCAGAAGAUUAUUGACAACAAUGAGAUUGUUACAAAGGAAUAUGAAGAGAAGUGUGCCACAGAAGAGAACAAAGUAGGGUUUCUGCGUAGGAUUUCUAGGAAAAUAUCUUCAGUCACGCAGAAAGCUGCAUACAAGAAGGGCAUCACAGAAUACAGCUUUGACAACCAGGGGAACGUGGUUCAGAACAACUGCAAUAAUAACAACAACAAUGUUGAGAGAGGUGUGUCUGAGAAUACUGUAGCUAAUAUUAACGAAGAAGGUAAAAACGAUGAUGUAGAUGAUGGUGUGGAUGUUGAUGAUGGCUAUGGGGAUGAGGAAGGGGAUAGCAGUGAAACAAUAGUCAACACCACCAGUUCAGAAUCUCCAGAGACUCCCCAAACAUGUAAACUGCCAUUUGCAUGCGCAGAAUCAGGAAAAAGUCACCAUAAAUCCCAAAGUGUCUCAUCACAAUCCGCAGCAAAUGAAUAUCCCACCAGGUACCCUGAAAUAUCUGCUGAUGAUUCUAGCAAAGAGGUCAGCCCAGCCAAAUCCAGAUUCAGUUGGAAUAAAUUUGGCUCAGGAUUGAUUCGAGCUUUUGACAAGGUAUUUGCUAAUGAAAAAAGCCCCAAGUCAAAAGACUCACUUCUUGCAAGAAGGAGGACUCAGAGUGAAACACAAGUAAAUGUUGCUCUUGAUUCAAAGGAGGUAGAACAGCAGUUCGUACUUAAGAAGGGUGUGUCAGUGCCAGGAAUCAUGCCGAUGAUAGAGAGGAGAAAGCAAGUUGAUAAAUCUUACAGCUCUGAGAGAUUUAGCUCAGGUAGUGAUUCCAUUUACCAUUCAGCACAGGGAGCAAGUAGUUAUAACCUCAAUGCAGAAACUGAAACUGAUCCAGAGACCUGUGAGGAAUAUGCUUAUCUUGAUAGUUCCCUGUCAUCUGGCUCUAGUGGCUUUGAGAAUUCUGGGAGGAGAAAAAAGAAUGCAGAAAACCUCAUGGCAGAAAUUGAUGAACAAGAAGUAAGGUAUGUGCGAGCCCUGUGUGAUCACUAUGAAGAAUAUGACAGUUUCCUGAGUUUUGAAGAGAGUGAUUUCUUGGAACUAGUGGAAGAAAUGGAUGCUGAGUGGUUGAUUUGUAGGAUGAAUCUCAAUGUUGGACUGGUCAACGUGAAGAUGGUGGAAAAGUACACCCUCUUUGACAUUUUCAUGUAUCUUCAUGGGGAUUUCUAUACUUUUUAAUCACUGCUACCAGGUAGCAGUUUCUUUGAAUUUAUUAUAGCUCUUGCUUAUAAAUGUCAUUAGGCAAGUAUUCACUAACAUGAAAUUUAUUGAGAUUUAAAUGUGUUUGGAGAAUGAAUGUCUUCUAAUCAUAAAUAACAGUGAAUAUUUAGUCAUAUUACAUGCAAUAGACAAUUUUAGCCAAGAAGAAGAGACUAGUAUUACUCAUUCAUAUUUAUAGCUCACAGCUCUUUAUUGUUGCAGUCGUUUGCAUACAAGAUGUAAGGUAUGUGUAGCUUACAUAUGGAGGUUAAUACAAUGUUUGUAAUGUAUGGUUAAUAGAUUUAAGAGAAAUUGUUUUUUAUAUUAUCCAAAUUUAGAUGAUUAUCAAUGUGCAAAAAGCUCUAAGUCAGCUUAUUUUAAAUUAAUUGUUUUUGGCUUGGCAGUAAUUAUGUCAAAGGUAGUUUUUGUAACAUGCUUUUUAUCAGUGUUGUGUUAAAGAUAAAAUGGAGCACCCAGAUAUUUAUUAAAUGAUGACUGUCACUGUAAAAUAUGUGCCAACAUAUGUAUUAUGUACUUUAAUUUGUUCCAAUUGUGUGCCAUUAAACUAUAAAUGUUAAGCUUUAAUGAUAGGAAAAUACAGGUAAAUAAAGUGCAAUAUAUUUAAAUGUUUCACAAAGCAUUGCUUGUAUGGAAAUGUAUAUAGGGAAAAUGUGUCAUGAAAUUGUUUAAUUGAAAAAGCAGCACAAGUGGAUUCGAGUUGUCUGAAAUGUGCUUUUUACUCUGAAAAACACAUUUCAUAACAUAUUCUAAGGAUAGCUUUGUCAAUUUAUAUAUGGAAAGGGAUUUUUUUUUUCGCUUUAUGUUUUAUUGUCAAAUUUAAGAUCUCAUGAUUAUUUUCAAAGCACAAAUUGUUGUUGCAGCUUCAGUUUUAUUGAUAUUUGUUACUUCUGGGCAGGAGGCAAUGGACUUUUUGGUUAUAUUUUACAGUAACAUUCUUUUUUUAAGUUAUAUUUUUUGCUUUACUCAAGAGUCUGUUUUUACUUUAAAAUAUUAACACUUUUGUGUGAUUUUAUAUUUAUUUAUUGAGUUCAUAGCCUCUGUUGUUUUAUGAAGCUGAAUUACCAGAAAUAUAUACAAUUAUGUUAGAGAAUUCAUAAAAUACUAGCUCUUGUACCCUGAAAAGUAUAAAACAGAAGAAUAUAAAGAAAUGAAUUGAUGAUAAGAGUUAUACACAACAGGUAUUUUUAAGUCAUUCAUUUUUACUAUUUAUCAUUAUUAUCUAUUUAUGGCUUCCUUAGUGAUAAAAAUGAAAUCCAUUUCAAGCAAGACUAAUUCAUAUAUAAAUUAAAUUAUGGAGUUUAACCUUAGCUAUGUCUUCUUAUGUUUUAUUCUAGACUAGUUGUGUGCAUGUCCACCAUGCCGUGUUUGUAAAUCGUAUUCUUUUUUAUCAUCUUUUAAAAACCUGUUCACAUAAAUAGGGAGUGUUUGGUACAAAUGUGAGCUCUAGGUGCAAACUCUGCCUAUGUACUGUAUACGUCACGUUUCAGUGUUGAUUUGAAUAAAUUAUUAGUAGAAUAAACCAUGAGCUUGUAGUAUAGAUAUUUCUUUCUAUGAAUAAAGGUGUAAUUAUAAU